AUGUCUUGUUCUUCACAAUAUUCUCUCUCCUUCUUCCUCCUCCUCUCUCUAUUUUUCACACUUUCUUCCUCCCACUCCCACUCCAUAACCCUAUCCCUCUCCACCCCUAAAAAGCAAAACCUCUCUUCCGCCACAACCAAAACCCUACGGCAACAGCUACGUCAGAUGUCCCUUGCCAGGUCGUCGGCAAACAUCUCUUCCACUACCCCUCUCUUUGCCGACCCUAACGGCGUCGACACCAUCACCCUCUCCUUCGGCACGCCGCCACAAAGCCUUGACUUCAUUCUCUCCACCAGCGCCGUCAUAAACUCGAUGCCAUGCGGGACCGACUUCUCGUGCGAUUACGACUGCACCCUCGACCCCAAGGACAUUCCCACAUUCAACGCCAAUCUAUCCAACUCUUCCGCUCUAGUUUAUUGCAAUGACACGUUAUUGCAAGACAUUGUCCCCUACGAGAUUCUCGCCGACGAAUGCACCCUCGCCAACGCCUCGUGCUUGGCGCAUUACACCGACGACGAAGGCUCGUUGGUGAUGUCGGGGGUUAUUUUAUCCGAGUCCCUAACCCUACCCGGAGUGACAGAGAAGGCCCACAAUCUCCUUGUCGGGUGCGCUUCCGAUUCAUUUGGAUGGCCGCAAGGUAUAGGGGUCGCCGCGUUCGGGCGCGCCUCUUCGUCCCUCGCGUCCCAACUCAAGAUCACGAAAUUCUCCCACUGCUUUGUCUCAGAGCUAUACCAACACAAUCACAAUGUAAGCGGUUCUUUGGUUCUCACUUGGGGGGGAGACGACGACGAAGAAGAAGAAGAAGUAUCUGACGCCGAAGGGACACAAAACAUCAUGCACUACACUCCGUUCAUUAACAACACGGCAUAUUACUAUUUGAGCGUAGAAAUGAUUUUGGUCGGUGGAGUCGUGGUCGAGGUCCCGAAGGAGUAUCUGACGCCGGAUGAUGAUGGGAACGGGGGAUUGAAAAUGGAGACCGGGUACACAUUCUCCAUCAUGGACGUACACGUGUUCGAGCCGUUCGUGAAGGAGUUUGAGAAGCAAGUCGGGACGAAUUACAGCAGGGCUACGGAGGUGGAGAACGAGCUGUUUUCGGACGGGCCGUGUUAUCAUGUUGGUGAUUCGGGUAUGAAAGGUUUGCCAGAAUUGGUUUUUCGUUUCCCAGGGGAGGCCGAGUUGGUUGUGCCGCGUGAAAAUUUAUUUGCGUCUUUUAACGAAUCGGUCAUUUGCAUGACCAUAUGGUUGGAUGGAGAUAGUGAGACGGAUCAGAUGGACGGGCCUGCCAUCACGUUGGGUCUGUGGCAGAUGCAGAAUGUUUACGUGGAAUACGAUUUGGCCAACAAUCGUCUCGGUUUCCAGCAUAAAAACUGCUCCCAAGUUUCUUAUUAA